CCGCCCCCUGAGUUCCUGACUCGUACUGUAUUGAGGCACCGAGGUCAAGAGAAAUAAGCAUGGCCGCUUUGUUCAGAGGGUGUCGAAAUUUUUUAAAAAGAAACAAUAAGCAUGUGGAGCUCACUUUGGUAUCCUGCAGAUCAAUGGCUUCCAAGACCCCAGUGGGUUUUAUUGGACUGGGUAACAUGGGGACACCUAUGGCUAGAAAUUUACUGAAGCAUGGAUAUCCUGUCAUUGCUACAGAUGUCUUCCCAGAGUCUUGCAAGGAGUUUCAGGACUCAGGAGCGCAGAUCCUGGAUUGCCCUGCUGAAGUGGCUGAUAAAGCUGACCGCAUCAUCACCAUGCUACCGUCCAGCCCCAACGUCAUUGAGGUUUACACAGGACCCAAUGGCAUACUUAAGAAGGUAAAAAAAGGCACCCUUCUGAUUGACUCCAGCACCAUCGACCCUGAAGUGUCCAAAGAGAUGGCUGUUACUGCUGAGAAGUUGGGUGCAGUGUUCAUGGAUGCUCCGGUGUCAGGAGGUGUUGGUGCAGCCAGUCUGGCUAAACUCACCUUCAUGGUGGGCGGAGUUGAGGAGGAAUUUAAUGCUGCCCAGGAGCUGCUCACGUGUAUGGGAGCAAAUGUAGUGUACUGCGGCCAAGUUGGGAGUGGACAGGCAGCGAAAAUCUGCAACAACAUGCUGUUAGCAAUUGGCAUGAUUGGUACAGCAGAGACCAUGAACCUCGGAAUCAGACUGGGUUUGGAUCCAAAGCUGCUGGCAAAGAUUCUGAACAUGAGCUCAGGACGAUGUUGGUCUAGUGACAAGUAUAACCCUGUCCCAGGUGUCAUGGAAGGAGUGCCCUCCGCAAACAACUACCAGGGAGGCUUUGGCACAAAGCUAAUGGCUAAAGAUCUUGGUUUUGCUCAGAACACUGCGUCCAGUACACGGACCCCAAUUCCUCUUGGUUCUUUGGCACACCAGAUCUACCGCACAAUGUGUGCUCACGGCUACUCAAACAAAGACUUUUCCUCCAUCUUCCAGUUUUUACGAGAGGAGGGGGUACAGUAGGUCAAGUGGAACUGGCCCAUAAUCUGUGUGAGAAACAGACAUUAUGAUUGGCUGGUUUAGUAUUGAUAUGCAUAUGUGUCUAAUUUGAAAGGGAUGUUACAGGUAUGUUGAAGCUAAUGAGUGUAGCAUUAAGAGACUGAUACUUCUGUUAGGUUGUAGCCUGAUGCUGACAUUCAAAACUUCGCAGAGCCAUUUUUAAGUGUUUUUAGUUUUGUACGACCGGUUCAAACUGUUACUCAAGCUUGCUUACAUCACACAUUUACUGCAAUUGUUUACAGUCAUUAGAUUCCAUUUGAUUCUACUUCGAGCAGGUUCUGAACCAGAAUUGAUUUUAGGUCGUGAUCAGACACUGUUAGAAUGCAGUGAUGCAUAAACAUACCUCAUCUGUUUCAGUUUUCCCUAAACUGAAUCGAAACUGUGAAAAAUUUUACAAAGUAGUGGGUCCCCCAUUUUUUCUUGAAAAGUUACAUUAAAGGAAUAAGUGCCCCAAAAAUUAAAAAUGUUGAAAAUGUAGUCUUCCUCAGGCCAUCCAAGAAGUAGAUGAGUUUGUUUAUUCAUUGGAACAGAUUUUGAGUAAUUUAGCAUUACAUCACUUGUUCACCAAUGGAUCAUCUGCAGUAAAUGGGUGCAAUUAGAAUGAGAGUCCUAACAGCUGAUAAAAACAUCACAAUAAUCCACAUAUAAUCCAGUCCAUCAAUUAAUAUCUUGUGAAGUGAGAAGCUGUGUGGUUGUGAGAAACAGUACCAUCAUUAAGAGGUUUUAACUUCAAACCACUGCUCCUGGCUAAAAUGCAUGUCCUCCAAACAUUAUUUUGCUUUCUCCAGUAAAAAGGACAUUUAAUCCGAAUCGAGAGAAAUAUGCACAGAUCAAAAGAGUUCUAAACCAAUAUGUCAGUGGAUUUUGACGUGAGACAGGUGAUGGACUUUUUCACUGGAGGAAGCGUUUUUAUUGAUUAUGAACUUUUAAAGUUUUAAACUCUUUAAAGUUAAAAUGCCUUAAUAAUGGAUUCCUUUAUUUAAACAAUGAACACACAGCUUUUCGCAUCACAAUAAUUGGACAGCCAAUAAUUGAUGGACUGGAGUCAUGUGGAUCAUUUGUGUGAUGUUUUUAUCAGCUGUUUGGACUCUCACUUUGACGGCACCCAUUCGCUGCAGAGAAUCCAUUGGUGAACAAGUGAUGUAAUGCUUAAUUUCUCCAAAUCUGUUCCAAUUAAAAAUAAACCCAUGUACAUCUUGGAUAGCCUGAGGGAAAACUUUCAGCAAAUUUCCAUUAUUGGUGAACUAUUCCAUUAAAACGUACCUCUGUUUUACACUAGAUAGAUUAUACACUUGCGUAUCUGUCUUUAUUCUGACCACAAUUUUUCUUGUUUUUCAUUUCUUAUCCACAAAACAAAGGGUUUAAAGUCGCCCUGUAGUGUAUGUACAUAUGUAUAUUUGUAAUGGUGCUGUAUUGAGAAUGAGCAGUGUUAAUGGUCUCUAUUUUACAGAGGACCUGUUGACCCUCACUAAGAAGAGACCGAUGCCAUCUGUGUGCUAGGCACAUACACACGCACAAGGCUCAAGAAUCAUGGUGUGUCCUCUAUACAAAAUGUUCUUGUUCAUAUUAUGUCCUCAAUAAAGAAGUUAAGUGA